AUGGGUCGUUCUUCUGUGGUUCGUUCAUUUUUUUUGUCGGUACAAGCCAUGGCCUCUUCCUUGCUUGAGCCAUCUUUGGCCGCUAUCGCGCUCGUCAUCUUGCUCGCGUCUGUUUCCCUCUCUCGAAAGAAGCGCCCAGCUGCUCCAGAGCCACAGGGGCUGUCGGUGCUCGGCAAUCUUUUCGACAUCCCGAAGAGAGCGUCAUCCAUAAUUUACCUCGCCUUAGGAAAGCCGUAUAAUACGCUCACCAAGAGAGCUGUCUCACAACUUCAGGGUUACACUCCUGGGAGUCACAUCGACGCUACUUCCCACUCUCCGCGUGUCUUCCGUCUCCCGAAUCUGGAAGAGACAUUCUCCGUCUUCCCCGACCAUGGCUUGAACCCCAACUACACGUCCGCCCGUACCGACUCCAGAGCAUGGAUCAAUCAGUAUACCAAGGUGGUCUGUGGGCCCAAGAUGGUCGCCUUCAUGAACAACUGCGAAUUUGAGCUUUCUAACUCUCACUGCUACCCGUACGCCGGCUACAAAGGACUCAAGGCUACAAUGGAUCUUACAAAUAUCCUCUGGCUCUAUGACGAGUAUACCGAUACCGGAUCCGGCGCGGAAGCUGUCAAGGCGGCAGGUAUUGUUGCUCGCGCUCUGCGAGAGCCAGACUACGAUGAUGGAACUUGGGUCUGCCGCAUGAUGAAAUCCUUCAAACAAAACCACAUUGAUAAAGCGGGCCCUGGUGUCGCUCGCCGCUUCAUCGACAACUUCUGCAACUACGUUGAAGUUGUCGGUAGAGAAGCAGAGCUUCGAGAAAAGAACGAGGUGCUUGACAUCCCCAACUACGUCACUUUCCGUCGUGAGACAAGUGCCGUUCGCACUUGCUUCGACUUGGUGGAAUAUUGCCUCGAUCUUGACCUUCCCCAAUACGUGCACGAUGAUCCUGUCUUCAUCAGUGGCUACAACGCAGGCAUGGAUCUCGUCUUCUGGGCUAACGACCUCGUCUCUUACAACAUGGAGCAAUCUAAGGGACACAGUGGAGCCAACGUCGUGACCGUGAUCAUGAAGUCCAAAGGUGUCGAUCUUCAAACGGCCGUCGAUUUCUUGGGAGGAUACUGCGAGGCACUUACCGCACAGCUGCUCGAGGCGAAGCGCAUUCUUCAGGCUCGUUCCGAUGCUGCUUACUCCAGAGAUGUAGUCCGCCUUAUGGAUGCUUUCGGUGAUUGGGUGAGAGGAAACGUUGCGUGGAGCUUUGAGACAGAGAGGUAUUUCGGAAAGGAAAACAAGAGAGUCAAGGAGACACUGCUUGUUGAACUCAAGGAGCCGUUCGUUGGUGCACUCGCCUUGAAAGAGUAA